AUGUCUAGCAAUAACUAUUCCAUCCACUCCAUCAUCGCGGCGUACGGGCUCGGUAUUGCCCCGCACGGAUAUUACCUCGUGAAAAUGAUGGCCAACUCCAAGGGGCAAUCAAGCAACAUUCUGCCUCGAGAGAAUCUUUCUAAUUUGAAGGGUUGCAUUCCCGGCCAGGUCUGGGACAAACUUGCCAGAGCUCGCGGCGCACACCUGAAUGCCAUGGAAGGAGUUCCCAUGUUUGCUGCUGCAAUGCUGGCUGGUAAUCUGGCAAAGCUUCCAGCAAAGGACCUGAACUGGAUGGCGGUUGACUAUCUGUGUGCACGCGUGUUGUACACGUUGGUCUAUAUGGGAGCCAGGUCGGAAGCGACCAGCUAUCUUCGUACUGGAAUUUGGGCAUGGAGCAUUUCGGUCCCUAUUUGGGUGCUUCUCAAGUCCGCGAAUGCUUUCCAUGGCCAGGAAUAA